GACAGAUUUCAAAAGCAGAAACACAAUGAAGUUGUUUAUUUCAAGUUUAAUGUUGCUUGUUUCAUUAAACAGUGUUGAGAGCUGGGGUCUAUCAUCUGAGAAGAAAACAAAGUAUGCCUCGUGGGAUGAAAUGAAUGUAAUUGCUCAUGGGUUACUCCAGCUUGGACAUGGCUUGAAAGAGCAUGUGGAUAAAACUAAAAUACAUAUGAGGGAGAUUACAGGCAAAUUAAACCAGCACAACGUUUCUAUAGCAGCACUCCUCAAUAAUGCCAAGGAAAUAAAAGACAGCACGGAUGUGCUGAAAGACAGGAUGCAAAAGCUGGAGCAAAGAGAUAAACAAUUGCAGGAUUUAACCCUGCUCCUCCGAGAAAAGCUACAAGAGGUCAGUAAGGGCAGAGAGGUUCUGGACAGGAGGCUGCAGAACAUAGAAGUGAAGAUCCAGCUCUUGGAACUCAACAACAACAACUUCAGUACCAAGGAAGAUGUUCAGAGCAUUCAGUCUCAAAUGGAAAUGCAGAGCAAAAGAAUCAAUGAACUUAUGGAAAAAAUUAAAUUCCAGCAAUAUAAACUGGAAAAGCAAAAUCUUCAAAUUAAGAAUAUGCAAAGCAAAAUACAAAGAAGAAAAGUGGAAAGCCAAUACUGGAGGCUUAGUCUUCAGGAAAAUGAUGAUGAGUUUCAGAAAAACACCAGCCACAAUUCUGCAAAGAAAAAGCUGCCUUCAGAUUGUCAUGCAAUUUUUUUGAAUGGAGAGAACAGCGGCAUCUUCAAAAUCCAACCAGCCAAUGCUCAGCCCUUUGAAGUUUUCUGUGAAAUUACAGAUGAAGCAGGAUGGACUAUUGUUCAAAGACGUAUUGAUGGUUCUGUUGAUUUUGACCAGCUCUGGGAAUCAUACAAGAAUGGAUUUGGUAAUCAAAGUGGUGAGUUCUGGCUAGGUCUUUCAAAGAUGCAUCAGAUUACUAAGCAGAGGCAGUACAUUAUGCACAUAGAACUGCAAGACUGGGAGGAAAACAUUCAGUACAUGGAGGUCCAUUUCAACUUAGGAGGCCCAGACAAAGCUUAUGCCCUGCAGAUAUUUGAACCAGUGACUGGAGAUCUGAAAAAUGCUCUGAGUGAAUUUCAACAACAACCAUUCUCUACCCAGGACCGAGAUCAGGACUUACAAUCCGAUGUCAACUGUGCAAAACUUCUUUCAGGAGGCUGGUGGUUUAGCACAUGUGGCAAGUCUAACCUAAAUGGUAAAUAUUUCCUCUCAAUACCAAGGCAGCGACAUGAGAGAAAGCAGGGAAUCUUUUGGAAGACUUGGAAAGGAAGGCAUUACCCACUAAAAUCCACUGUCAUCAAAAUUCGCCCUUUGGAAACAGAAUGAACUGGACCAAAAAGGAGAGGUCCCAAUUGCAAGAUUGUUUUUUUAACACAUUUUUU